GUAUCACUCAUACGGAAAGUCCCUUGCAUGAGGUGCGUACACCAAAACAAAACUGGAAAUGCACAUUUACGUUAAAAUUUUGAAAGGGAAUGACUUUCAAGUUGCUGUGUCUUCAGGUCAGACUGUGCUGGGAGUGAAAGAAAUACUGGCUAUGCAAAUUUCAAUGCCAGUGGAGGAGCAGAAACUAGUCUUUAAAGGAAAAGCUCUAGCUGAUGACAAAAGGCUGAGUUACUACAAUAUCAAAGAGGGAGACAGGUUAUUCCUAUUUAGCAAAAAACCCGAGAAAACUGGCUCUCCUUCACUGGGGAAUGUUCCAAAAUUUGCUGCAGACCUCUCCUAUUGCAGUACCACUGUUCUCUGGGACAAACUAAGAGUAUUCUUACAGAGGCAUUUCACACCACAGGAUGUGGAAAAAGUCCUCAUUGAAUUUCAGAAAAAUUUCAACUCCAGCCUACAGAGGCUAAGCCUAGAUGACAUUGAGCGACUUGCUAUUACCAAACUCAGACAGACAAAUGGAGCACAAGAAGUUAGCUAGCAGUGUAGUGCACAGUGGCUUUAAACUACAUUUUAUCUGUGAUUCCUGAAUAAUCAAUAUGUAUCAUUUUGUCUGACAUUGCAUAAUUUAUGAACAUCAUCAGUGUAUACAUUGUAAUAGGAAUGAUUUUUAUUCAACCUCCUUUUAUGGAUGAAUUAUUUUAAAUUCAUUAUAAUAUUUAUGGGUUGUUUAAUUUGGCAUUUAGAUAGCUAAGCUGGCAUGUUCAAUUUGUUGUUUUUAAUCAAAUGCAUUAUCUUGUCACCUAUUUAUUUACCCACACAUGUGAUUUUAUGUAAUUCUUUAUUGAAAUCAUAAGUUUUCCUUAUGCAUUUUGGAUCUGCAUUAUGCAUUUUAUAAUGGGCAUAUUGAUUUUUUUAAGAGUGUUCACAAAAUGUAACUUAUUUUAAUCAAUACAGCUCAUGAAAGUAAUUUAUUUUUCAUUGUAGAUAUGUGGUAUGUCUUAAGCCACAACUACCGGUACAUUUAGCUUGUCUAAUGCAGAAAUAAAUUACACAUGUACCUACAGAAUUAUUUUUUUAUAAUAUUAUUUGAAUACAUCAAUUUGGAAAUAUUGCCUACACUGUUAAAGGUUUCUAGCUCUAUUCCCCUGAUGAUUAAAGCAGUGCAUGUAUGUUAUGAUCUUUUUUCUUCUUAGAUAUACCUGCCAAUACCUAAUAAAAAUGAUGUUCCAGUCAAAA